AUGGAAUUCCUUACUCUAAAUCUAUAUUUCGUUGUAGUUUAUAAGAUUUUGUUCAUAGUUUUUGGUACCAUCGGUAACUCUUUAUUUAUUCAUUUAAUUUUCAAAAGAAAACAACUUCAAACAAGAACUUCUGUGUUGCAAUGCUUCCAAUGCUCGUUUCAAACGUUUUGCCUCUUUGGAACACUAUUUGACGGGAUUAUCAAUUUAGGCCACUCAUUUAAUCGGAGAGAGUGUUUUUGGCAAAUUUCUUUUUAUAUAUUUUUUCAAGCUGCUCAGGGAAUUAUUAUGCUUGUAAUUGUGAUAGAUAUUUUAAUAUUUGUAAAAUAUCCAUUUUUCUACAGAAGUAUAUCGUUUUCCACUUAUUUAAUUGCAACUAGCUUUCCUGUUCUUAUGUGUUCAACCGUAGUAACUGCUUAUAGUUAUUAUAGUGUGAAUGAGGAAGUUAUUAACACAUGUGUUCCAAUGUUUGUGCUCAGCAAUCAAGCAAGUACUGUCUACAAGUUAUUUAUCAUUUUUAUAAAUAUUAUUGUGACUGUGGUAUAUGUUAUUCUCAUUCGAACAUUUCACCUGAAAAAGCAAACUGGAAAUUUGACGUCAUUGAAAACGAUAAAAGGCCUUCAGUUUUCUGUGUCCAUUUUUAUCUUCACGUGGUUUUUCAGCCAAAUUAUUGCACUGCUCAUUCUGAAACAAUAUUCGUCGUCAAGUUGGGAAAACAUUAUUUACAUGCACAAUUCGUUUCUCAUGUCUCUGUCAUACAGCAACACAUUUUACGUGACACUGUGGAAAAGUAAAGAAUAUCGAAAGCAAUUUAAAAACAUUUGGUACCCAGAAAGAACUAAUGAAAAUGCUUUAACCGUUUUUUAUACCCAUUCUCUUGUAUAA